AGUUGUGCUCCCCGUUGCCUGUUGGUGGAAAGAUGUAUUACACAAAUUUGACCUCAAGAUUCGAGCGUACACUCUACCUCUAAAUCCGAGACUAUAUUGGGUAUAUAUGUUCUUAUUUAUGUACAGCUCUAACAUAACCUUUGGGUGGCAGACAUACCUUGUGUUCUUUUUUCCAUUCUUUCUCUGUGCCCAUGCUCUAUGAUGUUGCUUUCUAUCUGAACAUAUGGAAAGGAAAAAGGAGUUGUGAAAUGCAGCAGUACUGGAUGGAAAAGGACUUGAAAGAAAGUGAAAUUGAAAAAAAGUAGUAUAAGCACUGAGCUAAAAAUUUGGGCAAUCACAUGCAUUAUUAUUACUAGAACCAUUUAAGUGUCUUUUUCCUUUUGAUCACCUCCCCUUUCAGUUUCAGGAAAAAAGGUGCUGAUAUUAAAAACUGCUUUUUCACAUGGGGCAUAUCUCUUCCUUUUUAGAGUUUUGAUAGGUAUUGCUGGUCCCCUAUCUUGUUCACUUGUCUCAAUUCUCUGACUUUGGGUAACAAGGCUUUCAAGAUUCACAGGAUCUUUAAUUUUCCCUCUGAAAGUGGUUAAAAAGAGCUGUACUGUUUGGUAAAAUUUGAGCUUUGUUGAUCAAGUCCUCUGUAAUAUCCAUAAUCUGUUAGUUUCAAUGCCUCCAACGUAUUUUCCUCUUCGUUGGGAGAGUACAGGGGAUCAAUGGUGGUACGCUUCACCAAUUGAUUAUGCAGCUGCUAAUGGUCAUUACGAUUUGGUCCGUGAACUUCUUCGACUAGACGGAAAUCACCUUAUUAAGCUCACUUCACUGCGUAGGAUCCGUAGGCUUGAGUCAGUUUGGGAUGAUGAAGAACAGUUUGAUGAUGUGGCUAGAUGCCGCUCUCAAGUUGCAAGAAAGCUGAUGCUUGAAUGUGACACCAAGAAAGGGAAAAAUUCUCUUCUUAAAGCCGGCUAUGGUGGAUGGCUUUUAUAUACUGCUGCCUCUGCUGGAGACCUGGCUUUUGUUCAAGAAUUGCUUGAAAGAAGCCCACUUCUGGUGUUUGGAGAAGGAGAAUAUGGUGUCACUGAUAUAUUAUAUGCUGCUGCUAGGAGUAAAAGUUGUGAUCUUUUUAGGGUUCUGUUGGAUUUUGCUAUCACCCCGAGGUUUCUGGCUCGUGAUGGUGGAGAGAUGGAUAAACACAUUGGUGAGGUUCCAUCUGCUUAUAAGUGGGAGAUGAUGAAUAGAGCAAUUCAUGCAGCUGCUAGAGCAGGUAAUCUGCAGGUACUGAAGGAGCUUCUUGCUGACUGCUGUGAUGAUAUCUUGGCUUACAGAGACAUUCAGGGUGCAACUCCCUUGCAUGCUGCUGCUGGCAAGGGCCAGGUUGAGGUUGUCAAACAUCUUAUAAAAAGUUUUGAUAUUGUUAACUCCACAGACAAUCAAGGCAACACUGCAUUACAUAUUGCUGCUUCUAGGGGCCAAUUAGCUGUUGUUGAAGCUUUAAUUGUUGCAUCAACCUCAUUGGUCUAUUUGAGAAACAAUGCCGGGGAAACAUUUCUCCAUGUAGCCAUUACUGGUUUCCAAACUCCUUGUUUCCGCAGAUUGGACCAUCAAAUCCAGCUCAUGAAGCAAUUGGUUUGUGGAAAGUUCUUCAACAUUGAAGAGAUUGUUAAUGCUGAAAAUAAGGAUGGUAGAACCGCACUUCAUUUGGCUGUCAUUGGAAAUAUUCAUUCUGAGCUUGUGGAAUUACUAAUGACUGUCCGCUCUGUUAAUGUCAAUACUCGUGAUAAGGAUGGAAUGACACCACUUGAUAUCCUUAGGCAACGGCCACGUUCUGCUUCAUCAGAACUCCUGACGAAACAGUUGAUCUCUGCCGGGGGUAUCUUUAGUCAGCAUGAUUAUUCAGCAAGGAGAGUCGUAGCAUCCCAUUUAAAAAUGCAACACGUAGGUAGCAGUCCUGGCACUUCCUUCAGGCUCUCUGACACCGAAAUCUUCUUAUACACGGGCAUUGAACAUGAUGGCUAUGAAAGCGCAGAGCUGAGCAGCUCAACUGAACAGAGUCAACACAACGCGAACACUGAAAACAGUUGUCCUAGAAAUGAGGGUAAAACCACCAAUUCUGCAAAUAAUGCUGCACAAAGGCUGAAGCGCUUUUUCCAUUGGCCAAAAAUAAGGAAAGGAGAUACUCAGAGGCUUAAGAAAUUGGCGGAUCAAAGUUCUGCUAGAAAUUCAGAAGCAGCGCCAGUUCCUCUUCGAAAGAGAUUCUCCAAGCCUUCCUCACUUCCAAACAACAAGCGGACACUCUCUGUUAGAAGUAACCUUCCAAGUCCAACAGCCAAAAAGAAACUUGCUUCAGGGCUAGUAAAUGGUGUCAUGCUGGCUAUACCACAUGUUAGCGUCCGCCGUAGAUCAUCUUGCUCUAGUUCAUUCUCAAUUUCAUCAGUGUCUUCACACACUUCAUUGGACCAACAAAAGGCCAUCCAAAUUGAGAAUGAGCUUGUUAGACCACCUUCUUCUAAUCACGUACGAGCAAAAUCAUCAGAUUCUAUAUACAAACAAAUCACAGGAAACAAGAGUUUGUACUUGUGUUUUGGUGCUUCAGAACAAACUGCCAAAGCCACUUCAGGCGAGCUGAGGCCAUAUGAAAUUUACGAGCGAUCUGUUCUAUCCACCGCCUGAUGUUCUAGACUGAGUUAAAGAUAUGAAGGAGUAUGUAAUCAGAAAUGGCAAUGAUGGUGAUGGCUCAUACGACGGACUCCAAUAAAUUUGGCAGGUCAAGUGAGCUCUUAGAUCAACACAUUUACUUGUCUCCGUAGUUUAAUAGCCUACUAAGAUUUCCAAGAAGUAUGUCUCUUUGCUCUAGAAGAAAUGUAAAUCUGUUUGAUGUUUUAAUUUAACUAUGUAAAAUACCUCCAUCGGCUGUAACUUUAAGAACUUGGGAACUAAUUUGUCAAGCUUUCUUAGUUGUAACUGUGUGCAAGUUUUCCUUGAAGAAGGAUGUAUAAUAAACAUGCUUUUAGUGAGUUUAAGUA